AGAGAGGGACGAGAGCUUGAAGUAAUGUGGAGGUCACAUGUGCGGAUGUGACAGCUCAGGGCAUGUUGUAGACAGAGUUUCUUAGUCCAUUGAUCUAGGAAUAAAGGAUGUUUUUAUGCACAUACAUGAACAAAAGGAAAUAAAGCAGAAAUCAUGUCAGCAGCUUUGAUGAACCUACAUGGAAAGCCUUUUGGUGCAUAUAAGGUUUAUACAGAGUGUCUUCAGUGUUGUAAAAGAAGACUUGCACAAACCAGAAGACCCAUUUGUAACUAUGGCCAUCAUAGGACCUACAGCUCUUCAGCAGGAGAUGUUAAAUCCUUGCGAACUAUCAUCAGCCCUCCAAUAUCCAAGAUCAGAAAUAUAGGAAUCAUGGCUCACAUAGAUGCAGGGAAGACUACAACCACAGAAAGAAUGCUUUAUUAUUCUGGUUACAUCAGAGCCUUAGGCGACGUUGAUGAUGGUGACACAGUGACAGACUUCAUGGCACAGGAAAGAGAACGUGGAAUCACCAUUCAGUCUGCGGCUGUUACCUUUGACUGGAAUGGACACAGAAUCAACCUCAUCGACACACCAGGACACGUGGAUUUCACUGUUGAGGUAGAGCGCUCAUUGAGGGUGCUUGAUGGCGCAGUAGCAGUCUUUGAUGCUUCUGCUGGAGUUGAGGCUCAAACACUGACUGUAUGGAGACAGGCAGACAAGCACUCCAUACCACGCCUUUGCUUCCUAAACAAGAUGGACAAAAAUGGUGCCAGUUUUUCAUACGCUGUCGACAGUAUCAAAGAAAAGCUGAAAGUUCAACCUCUGUUGUUACAGUUACCCUUGGGAGAAGGUAAAGCAUUCAGGGGUUUUGUGGAUCUGGUCACCCUGGAAACUGUAAUGUGGGACCCCAGAGCCAACGUAGAUGACGGAAGGAUAUUUGAUCGGAAAGCUCUGAAUGAAACAAGUGAUCGAGGGCUACUGAAACAUGCCAGUGACGCCAGAAAUUCCUUAAUAGAACAACUUGCAGACCUCGAUGACGAGUUUGCUACAAUAAUCGUGGAGGAGUACAGUGAAUGUUUCGACCUGAUACCAGUGGAAAAAUUACAGUCUGCAGUACGAAGGGUGACUCUGGCCCAGUCCGCGGUACCAGUUCUGUGCGGCAGUGCUCUGAAGAAUAGAGGGGUACAGCCUCUCUUGGAUGCGAUUACCUUGUAUCUGCCAUCUCCAGAAGACUGUUCACAUGAUUUUGUACAGUGGUAUCAGGGUGACCUGUGUGCACUUGCAUUUAAAGUCCUGCAUGACAAGCAACGUGGACCCAUGGUCUUUGUACGGAUUUAUUCGGGAACUAUGAAACCACAAUCGGCUGUACAUAAUGUGAACCAAAACUGCACAGAAAGAAUGAGCCGUUUGCUCCUGCCAUUUGCUGACCAGCAAGUUGAAAUACCCUCAUUGUCUCCUGGCAAUAUCGCAUUAACAGUUGGGCUCAAACAGACUGCAACAGGAGACACAAUAGUUUCCUCUAAAGCCUCAGCAGCAGCUGCUGCCCGCAGAGCAGGACGAGAUGGCGUCGGCAAGAGCAGAGACAGAAAUACAUCAGAGAACCUUGUACUGGCUGGUGUGGAGGUUCCAGAGCCAGUGUUUUUUUGUACAAUAGAACCUCCAUCUGUGGCCAGACAACCAGAUUUGGAAAAUGCUUUAAAGUGCCUUCAGAGAGAAGACCCGAGUUUAAAAGUGAAGAUAGACCCUGACUCUGGCCAGAUGAUUCUUUGCGGCAUGGGUGAACUGCACAUUGAAAUCAUACAUGACCGCAUCAAACGAGAAUAUGGACUCCAGACCUAUCUUGGACCACUUCAGAUUGCCUACAGAGAAACUAUAUUGAGUCCUUCCAGUGCUACAGACAUCUUGGACAGAACCAUAGGAGACACUCAUCACCUGGUGACAGUAGAACUUGAAGUUAGUCCAAGUGUUGAUGAUGGACCAGCAACAAGGCCAGUUAUUGAGUAUGCAGAGGACAUUCCUGAACAGUUCCUGAAGGACUUUCAGGAAGCCAUAGAGAACGGCAUUCACAGUUCACUUUUACAAGGUCCUUUGCUUGGUUGCCCGGUGCAGGAUGUCUCUGUUACUGUCCGUGCUGUCAGUGUAUUGACUGGUAGUUCGGUCACCAUGAUCUCUGCUUGUGUUUCACGCUGCUUGCACAAGGCAUUGAAGAAAGCAGAGAAGCAAGUUCUGGAGCCAUUAAUGAAACUGGAAAUUACCAUGAGUGAAGAUUAUCUCAGUAGUGUCCUGGGGGACCUGGCCCAGAGAAGGGGCCACAUUCAGGAAAUACAGAGCCGCUCUGAUAACAAGGUUGUGGUUGCAUCGGUUCCUCUUGCUGAAAUGAUGGGGUAUUCCACAGACCUUCGUACAAUCACUUCUGGCUCAGCAACAUUUUCUCUAGAAUUAUCCAAUUAUGAAGCCAUGAACCCACAAGAUCAGCAUGCCUUGCUCAAGAAGAGGGGAUAUGUUUAAAGCUCUGUCUAUUAGGGACUGUAGUUAUUGGUCUCAUGGUGAUCAGUAUAUACAAAUGUAAAUAAGAACACUUAUUUAA